GCUACAGUGAAAACAUGGCGGCCACCACAGCAGCGCCUGCGACUGACAGUGUUCGCGAACGAGCAUUGGCAGAUUAUAGAAAGAAAUUGCUGGAACAUAAAGAACUCGAAGCGAGACUUAAAGAGAUGCGUGAACAGUUGAAAGAAUUGACGAAACAGUAUGAGAAAUCUGAAAAUGAUCUGAAAGCGCUGCAGAGUGUUGGGCAGAUUGUAGGGGAGGUUUUAAAGCAGCUGACAGAAGAAAAGUUCAUUGUAAAAGCCACAAAUGGCCCACGGUAUGUGGUCGGGUGUCGUCGACAGCUGGACAAGGCUAAACUCAAGUCUGGGACAAGAGUGGCCUUGGACAUGACAACACUUACAAUUAUGAGGUAUCUGCCUCGUGAAGUUGACCCACUGGUAUACAAUAUGUCCAAUGAAGAUCCAGGGGAUAUCAGUUACAACCAGAUUGGUGGCUUAGGGGAGCAGAUCAGAGAACUGAGAGAGGUGAUAGAGCUGCCAUUAUUGAACCCAGAGCUGUUUCAGCGAGUGGGCAUCACCCCUCCCAAAGGGUGUUUGUUGUAUGGACCACCGGGUACAGGGAAAACUCUCUUGGCAAGAGCUGUGGCUAGUCAGCUGGAAGCUAAUUUUCUCAAGGUGGUGUCCAGUGCUAUUGUAGAUAAAUACAUAGGAGAAAGUGCUCGGUUGAUUAGAGAGAUGUUUGGCUAUGCUAGAGAUCACCAACCCUGUAUCAUUUUCAUGGAUGAAAUUGAUGCUAUUGGUGGCCGAAGAUUCUCCGAGGGAACAUCAGCAGACAGAGAAAUACAGAGGACUUUAAUGGAGCUGUUAAAUCAGAUGGAUGGAUUUGACGCCCUAGGCCAGGUGAAGAUCAUCAUGGCUACCAACAGACCAGAUACUUUAGAUCCAGCUCUCCUUCGGCCGGGCAGAUUGGACAGAAAAAUAGAAAUUCCAUUACCAAAUGAACAAGCCAGACUGGACAUCUUGAAAAUCCAUGCAUCCCCCAUAGCCAAACAUGGAGAAAUAGACUGGGAAGCUGUGGUGAAAUUGUCAGAAGACUUCAACGGAGCUGAUCUACGAAAUGUAUGCACAGAGGCAGGUAUGUUUGCCAUUCGGGCUGAGAGAGAUUACGUUAUUGAGGAAGAUUUCAUGAAGGCUGUGAGAAAGGUGGCAGACAACAAGAAGCUGGAGUCUAAGCUAGACUAUAAACCACUGUAAAGGCACACCAUCAAAGUAGAAAACAGCGAUUUUGAGGAUGGUUUUUAGCUGUGAAGGAAAUACUGCAGGAAACUUUACUGACACAUUGAUUGGGAAUUUUGUGUAGCAAUGUACAUGUUUAAGAAAUAAUAUUGUACCUGGAAGACAAUUAAACAUCCCUUAUCCCCUACUCUCGCUUUUUGUUCCAU